AUGCGCUCGCUUUCCCGGAGACUUUCUAUCCGGAAUGAUGUAAACCACCGUGGCGUGAGCAGUGUUACUGUUGAGAACCCUCAAAAAGACCUACACGAAAUCACACCCCCAUCAAAAGAAUCUGAUUCUGAGCAAAAUGCACAACGGGAAGAUGCCGAGUUUUUAUCCCUCUUGAAGGACUCUAGGGUCACCCCGGAACCAAGCCAGCUUACGAUCACGCCAGCAGCAACCGCCAUCGACCACGAAAAUGGCGGAAGAUCCAGACCAAAAAGCAUAGCAAUCCAUGCAGCGGCCAGGACAUCAACCAUCUCCCUAACACUAUACCAACCACACGAGGACGAUUGGGUCAGGCAGAUAGAGCCAACUGAUGGCACCGGGGUCGACGAAAAAUGCCUGGCCAUCGAGCUUGAAGACGACAAGAUCCCAGUAAUUCCAGAGGAGCAGCCCAUCAGCACACCAGCACCUGAGGCCACCACCAACGCAGCAGCAGAUGCUCCUGCAGGACUCCUCACCAGCUCUAACCUCCGCGCUCUGGACACCAUCACCGCCGAUUCCUCCCCAAUGGCGCGUACUGCCGCCAAGAAUAAAGACCUACCCGAUCUCCCUCUGCCUGCGUACCCGCCCACCAGUGACGGCGGCUCAUCUACGUUAUCCGCAACGCACAGGCAACACCAACACCGCUUGAUCAAGCGCAAGGCCUCUACAAUCAAGAAGUCCCAUCACGGCUCCAUCGCCGCCUCCGGCCAUCACCUUCGCCACAACUCUGCGCACCACGCGCGCUCCCGCAGCUCCACCACCCUCUUCAUGAGCCUGGUCUCCCGCCGCAACACCGUCACCGACACCAAACCCCCCGCCACUGCAACUGCCAGCAACAGCAAUAACAAGAUCGACGAAGGCCACCCACCCGCCACCGAUCGCGCCCCCACCCUCCUCUCCCGCGUCCCCAGCAUGCUCCUUUCCCGCACCUCCACCCUCCGUACUGCCAUUCGCCCCAGCAGCCGCAGCCGCCGCUCCGCCCUCAACCCAUACUCCACCAAAGCCAAACCAAUCAAACCCGUCCCCCUCGCUACAAUCAACCGCCGUUGCCAGGCAUAUUCGAGCAACGACCCCGUCCAAGCGUACCUUCUCGCCCAAGAGCGCGUGGGCGCGUGGGUGGCGACCCAGGAAGGGCUGGUCGAGUGGUUCCGGAAGGAGGGGCGGUGGGAGGAAUACAUGCGGACGAAGAGGGAGGAGAAAGAGAGGAGGAAGAUGCGGGAGAUGGAAGAGGAGCAGGAGAGGAUGGCGUGUGCGAAAUGGCGGUUAAGGCGGUGGUUGAGCGAGGAUCAUGGUAGCCCGGAAGGAAGUAUAGUUAAAGCACGACAGGGAAGUGUAGAUGUUGAUGCCGAUUUGGUGGAUGGAAUGGUAGAGUGGCCGGAAGAGGGGAUCUGGGAUGGAUUUGUUAGUGGUAAGAAGAUAGAAGCGGAAGAAUAG